UGUCAAUUGAUUCUGCGAAUACCACUUGCCUUACACUGGAUUAAUAAGGUUAUAAUCCUGGUUUGUGUCCUAGUGAUCCUAAUUUUAAUGAUAGUCAUAAGAAUUAAGUGGAAAGAAGAAUGGGACGCUAUAAGCCUGUCAAUUCAAGUUACAGCUCCUUUCCUCCACCUUGGUGCAGUUAUUGCUGUGACGAUCAUGGCUUGGUUCAUCAUUGAUCAACUUUUUGAGUCAAAGAGAAGAAGUUUGCAGGUGAUUAUACCAAUGUUCUACCUUGGAGUGGUGAUAAUUCUUUAUUUCAUUCCACUUGCAAUUUCCUCCCCUUGUAUUAUUGAAAGGGAAGAUCUGCCACCACGACCAGCCCUGAUGGGACACCGUGGAGCACCCAUGUUGGCGCCAGAGAAUACCCUGAUGUCAUUUGAGGAAACUGUGAAAUGUGAGGCAUCUACUUUUGAAAGUGAUGUACAGAUCAGUUUUGAUGGAGUUCCAUUUCUAAUGCAUGACUCUACAUUUGAAAGAACAACAGACAUAGCAGAUGUUUUUCCUAAAAGGACCAGAAAUGAUGUUGCAAGUUUUACAUGGACAGAGAUUCAGAAGCUCAAUGCAGGGAAGUGGUUUCUACAGAAAGAUCCCUACUACACAGUGAGGUUGCUAUCAGAAGAAUCACAGAAAAAUGCUUCCGAACAACGGGUUUGUUCACUGGCUCAGCUGCUGGCUCUUGCUGCCAGAAGUAAAAAAUAUGUGAUAUUUGACCUGCGACCUCCAAAGAAUAUGUCUCAUCCAUAUUACAAUGCUCCUCACAAAAUUGUUGUGGAAACCAUUCUGAAUUCCUCAAUUGAUCACAAUCUGAUCUUAUGGUUGCCUGACAAUAAAAAUAGCACACCCAAAGAUUUCCAGAAGAUUGUGGGAGAAAAACUUGACCCAGAGACACUGCAAAGACAGAACAUUCACGCCAUCAAUAUUCGCUAUAGUAACAUUAGUUUCAUGGAGAUCAGGAACUAUGCAGAAAAGAACAUCAGCACAAACCUUUAUGUUGUCAAUGAACGUUGGCUAUUCUCCACGCUGUGGUGUGCCAAAGUGGGUUCUGUUACGACCAAUGCCUGUCAUAUCUUCAAGAAUAUGCAAGAGCCUGUUUGGUUUAUCACUCCUGGAGCAUAUAAAGCAAUAUGGAUAGGAAUUGAUCUUGUAUCUUUUCUACUGAUUGGCCUAAUAUACUUCAUACAUAGAUCAAGACACAGAAAUAUGCAAGUGGGUAGAGGGCAAGAAAAUACUGAGAUCACAAUAUUAUGAUGAAGCUUUGAACUCAGCAUUUCUCCAUAAUGAUGGGACUCAUUAAUUGCAAGUCGUCUACAUAGUGGCCUUAAUUUUCAAGUUUGAACUCAUGGAAAAUUGUAUCUAUAUUUUUUGAAAACAUAAUACAUCUAUUUUCCAUCUCAGAAUCGAGUUUAUAAUGACAAAAUGUGUUUUGUUGUUUUUUCAAUUCUAAAAUCUGGGUCGUUGCCCUAUCUGGCAAAAAUCCCUCAGCUAUUCAAACCCAUUUCCUUCAUACAAGUACAUUUCAAUUCAACAGAACCAAUUUUCCACCUCAAAGCAUACCUUAAAGCAGCUUGGCUCUCCUUCUUGACAGAUGUAUCUGUACAGCUUCCUACAUUUCAGGUGUCCAUAAUGUAGUCACUCGACCUGCCCCCCUCCACCCAUGCAGCAUUCCUAACAUGAACAGUGGCUAAAUCCUUAGGGUUGGUUCUUAACUGCCCUUUAAACUGGCAGUUCCCUCAGUUAUAACAAAAUGCUAAAAAAAAUAACAAGUUUUACAUGGACUGCACUGGGUCAAGAAGGUAACAAAAUACUUCCUCCUCAGGGAAAGCAGAAGGGCCAUGGCAGAGAUACAGACUAUCAGUCAUUUAAAAAUACAAUUCCAUUCAGAGUCCGGUCCAUUGUGGUGGUCUGCUGUAUACUUCAGAGAGAGGUGUACCUUGAAAAGGGAAAAAUGUUGGAUAGUACAGUUACACAGAAUGGCAGGAAGCUGAAGAGGACAGAAAUGUAAUGGAGGUCAGUAUUCUUUGUAGGGAAGGUACCAGAAUCCCCUCAGGAUUUGAGGAACUCAUCACGACAAGGGACAUGAAGACCACUCUCAUCCAGGCGUGUUUCAUCUAAGCUAUACUUAUCUAUAGGACAGUUGGCUCUUGAAGCCUCCUGAUCAAGAGAAUGCAUCCAUAAUGCACAUACCUUUUGUUGUGACCAGGUGAGGUGGAACCAUGACUCCCUUUUUAAUCCCUUCUUGGUCAGCCAGAACAAUUGUUUCUAUCGUCUUUUUCAAUAUGUAGCUAUCAAACUUCAAUUAAACUUAGUUGACCAGAUUAAAAAUAAAGGAGAGCCAAUUCCAACGUUUUCUUGAAUGAAAGAAAAUUGAGUUUAAUACCUACUCCUCUGAAGAAAUAAAAUGCAACACCAAACACACACAAAUAUAAAUAAUCAAUUUACAAAGGGAGAAAGGCUGGAAGGUAAGGUAAAUGCAGUUAUAGAUCUUAAAUUCCUUUAUGUUGCAAGAAUGAAAACCCAAGUCUAAAUAUUUCGAUGUUGUCUUGUUCUUUAGCGGUGGCAAAGUUUGCACAUUUUAGGUUCGCUGGGAACGAUGAUUUAUUCGAAGUUGCCUUUUUACCGAUGCUGGUUUCUACAACAGAAAGAAAACAAGUUUUCAGUUUCCUUGCUGUUAUCAUUCCAUGUCACUUUUUUGCUCUUUUUGUUCAAAG